AUGGCCCAACUCGCUCCCGUCGCUCAAGGCCCAGCGCGCAUCUCCCAAAUCCUCCCGACGGUCAAGUGUUCGAGUUGCAACCAGCCAGUCCCAAUAGCCGACCUCGGCGACCAUGUCUGUGCCCCUCCUCCUCCCCUUCCCGCCCUUAGACAACCUAUGUCACCUAAAACUACAGCCAGCCUGCUUCCCCAGAAGUUUCAGAAUGUAGUCGCCUUUCCGCGUCUCCAGGCACCACAGCAACACCAGCACCCACAUCAGCACCCAGCACAGCGCCAGGUAAGCCCGCUCCACCCACAGCCUGAACGCCCUGGUCCGGCGACGCCUCCACCGCGAGAGCGUGCGCCGUCAUCAGUGUCCCUCGGUGCGCGCGUCGGAGCAGACACAUCGCGUGUGCGCGCACCUUCGACUGCCUCCUUGAAUGUUCGUGGGACAGACAGGCCCUCGCGCGCACGCGCGCCAUCCACAGCGUCCUCGCUGAGCGUUCGCAGCGAUGACCGCCCAGAGCGCGUGCCCAGCCCGCUAGCUCGGGGUGGUAUGUCGGACGUACCGGGCGUGCUAUUUCCCACUCGACCAGAGCCCGCUGGUCCACCAAGGAUGCCAUCGCCGCUCAGCGCUCGCAGCUCACCAGGAGUGCCUGAAGUGGUUUCGAGGACGGGAACGCCUGCGAACUAUCCACCCCUGCCGAGUAGCCCUGCGCCGCGUCCACGUGCGCCUUCGACCACCAGCGUGCGCUCGUUUCCCUUGUCUGCAAAUGCCAUUCGACAUCCCGUGCAGUCGAGUCCUGCGCCUUUCGCUUCUCCCACGUAUGCUGGACGAAGCUCUGCAAGCGCAUUGUCCCCGUCGCAUACGCGUCCACGGACUGCGAGCAAUGCCAGCGGCCGUCCUUCUAUGGAAGAAGAACCCGAGGUAUUCUACUCCACGGGACCCAGGGUGGCCUUCACGCCCGCUCAACCACCCCCGCCGCGCGCGCGAGCGCCAUCCAAUGCGAGCAUGCGGCGUCCCGAACAUCGUUCUCCAAUUCUGAAUGACCCGCCUACGCGCGCACGCGCCCCUUCGAGCGCCAGCAUGCGAUAUCCACCGCCGAACUACUCACCUCAGCUCCCGCCACAGCGCCCACGCGCGGCUUCAAAUGUAAGCCUUCGGCGUCCGGAGCAACAUCUACAUCAUAACCCUGCGAGCCCACCACUCGAGUCCCCUCCCGUUCCUCGUGUCCCUGAAAUCGACACGAAAAUUGGCGGCGCUGCGGGGAUGGCUGGCGUUGGCCGCAGAGGGUUUGCGGCUGCUGCUCGAGCAGCGAUGUUUACUGCGCCAAAUAGCCAUGGCGAUGACUGCCUUCCUUUGCCGCACAGACAAAGCAUGGACCGCCGGCGGGCGAAUGCGCCCAAAUUGCUCGACAUGAUGUCGGCUGCAAAUUAUUCAUCUGUACGUGUGGCUGCGCAUACGCCGCCUCUUUCCCCCCACUCAGCAACAUCCUCACCUUCUCCACAUACGCCCUUUUCCCAGAAGUCGCCGGUAUCUGCCGGUAUCCCUUCCCCACACGCUGCCCAUCACCCUACCACUCCCACUAUUCCCGCAUCAGGCCCAACGAUCGCAUCACCCGUCAGUCCAGGUGGUUCGAUCUAUCAGCGCGAUCGCAUUGUGCCACCAGCUACAGAGCCUCCUAAGGCUCCCCUGCCCGCUCUUCCCGCAACCCCGACAACGCCGACUUCCAUUCGUUUACCCUUCUUCGAGAAGUUUAAGAAUAAGCUACCGGACAUUGACACGACCAAGCCCGAUCCUGAGCCUGCGAAAGAGGAGGCAAAAGACAACCCGCUGUUCUCGCCGAGCUCGGGGUCUGAGUUUAGCGGGUUGGCAUAUGCCGACUCUAACGCGGAGGACACAGAAGAGGACGUUCGGAGCCCGAAGCCGCAGGUCCCCUCUGGGACCGCACGACCGCGCGGCUCGUCCACGGGCAAGGACAAGGUGCGCUUCCCGUCCAUGGACCAUUCCGAGUCGCACUACUCCCCAGUUUCGCCGCGUCCCCCGAUGCGCAGCCUCUCCGCGUCGACGGGAGCGUCUGCGUACUCGGCGCGUUCCGCGGCCAAAUCAACCGGGGCGCUGGACAGGGCGCUGGAGACGCUCUUCGAGGACCCGACGUCGCCCACCGCGAGCUCCGCCGCGAGUCCUUUCACGUUCCCUACACAGCUCGUCCCCGACAGCCAGCGCGACAGCAAGCCGCCGAAGCUCCCCGUGCGUUCGCAUACGAGCCCGACGCUCGGUGCGAAUCGCGAUUCCGCGCGGGGAAAGAAGCGGCCGCAGGUCAAGGUUUGUGUGCGGUGCGAGAAGACGAUCGACGACGAGCGGUGGAUCCAGAUGGAUGGGGGGAGCGUGUUGUGCGAUCGAUGCUGGAAGAAUAUGUAUUUACCCAAGUGCCGCCGUUGUAAUUUAACCAUCGAAAAGCAGGCGGUGUCGUCCUCCGACGGCCAGUUAAAAGGCAAAUACCACAGAGAAUGCUUUAAUUGCCACACAUGCCAUAAAACUUUCCCUGAUAAGAGCUUCUACGUCUUCGACGGCAAGCCUUUUUGUGCAUAUCACUACCACGAGGCCAACAAGUCGCUGUGUGCUGCCCCUACAUGCGGGCAGCCCAUCGAGGGCCCGUGUGCGGUCUCGCACGCGGGCCAGCGGUAUCACCCCGAGCACCUUUUGUGUGAGUACGCACGGUGCACCGAGCGGCUCGUGGAGUACUAUGAGGUGGACGGGCGUAUGCUAUGUGAGCGGCAUGCGCAGAGGGUUAUGAAGGAGGGGGAUGAGGGCGAGGGCGAGGGCGACGAAGAUCUCGGCGUGGAGGCGAGAGACAGCACUGCGCGGGCGAUGAAGCGCGUUACACGUUUCAUCGACCUCGCGAGUUUGGGUGAGAGCGAGCUGCGGUAG